GGUGGUUGGGCCUGUGAAAAAUCGAUUGCGUGGGAUCGGACCGCAAGUGUUUAUCGGCAGGUGGCAACCUCUACGGAAACAGCUGAUUUGUAUUUUGUGUGUGUCUCUCACAGUUUGAUUCUGCAGCCGCCACACAGUAGAAGAUAACAAGCAAACGCAGCACAAUGCGCGAGCCCAAUUUGUACAUCAUACUCUCCACGGCGCUAAUUGGUUCGGGUUUCUUCUUCCUGUACAUGCAGCAUGUGCGCGUCAUCUUUGAGACACGCACCAGCAUCCAGACACUGAAUCAACUGGAGCGCGAGGCGCUGCUCCGGCGCGAGGAUGCCCUCUACUAUACGUUCUACAAGAAGCUGGUCGAUGGCCCCGACUUCUGGCACGGCUACGAGCAGCUCAAAAACGUCACCGACAUUGAGUAUCCCAACAGUGUGAAUGUGCUGCAACGUUUCUAUGUGCUGCCGGAGCUAGUUGCGGCCUACUUCUUUCACCUGGUGCGCUCUGGCUACAAUCCCAUACUGCAGCCCAUGCAGUUCUACUUUGAGUUCGUGUGGCUAAUGGGCGGCGUGACGCUCCUGGUGCUCUAUCUGUAUGGAACGCUGCUCAGCGAGAAUGUCUUUGGGGGCAUCUACGGCGUCAUCUCGUACCUGAUGUUCCACAGCUUUGUGUCGAAGAUAUACGAGCGGCCGGUGGCGCGCGAGAACUUCGCCUUCCCCUUUAUAUUCCUGCAAAUGUUCUAUCUCUGCAUUUGCAUUGGUCGCGUCAUCCAUCGGCAGAAGCACAGCUCCCGCUUGUUUAUGAUCUUUGUCCUGUCCAUGUUCACCGCCUGCGCGCUGCUCUCGUGGCAGUUCUCAACCAUUAUUUUUGCCACACAAAUCAUGAUUGUGAUGACGUCGUGGAACAUGAACACGAUGCCCACACAUGUGGCGAAUGCCUUCGCGCUGGACUACUCGCUCUCCCAUCUGCUGGGCAAUGGCAUUGCCUUUGUGCUGUCGCAUGGCAACAGCCAGCUGCUCUUCACCUGGCAGCUCAGUGUCUCCACGAGCCUCUUCCUCAUCACGGUGGUGCGGCAGGUGCGCAGUCGUCGGCACGCGAACGAUCCGCUGCAGAGCGAUUACUUCUCGUUCAAGUUUAUCCUGCUGGCGCUGGUCUUUGCCGGCAGCAUGCAGGAGAAGCUGGUGGAUGUGCUGCGGCGCACGGGCAUGCUCAAUGUGCAGGACAACAAUUAUGUGCACUACUGCGACCUGUGGGCCCACUGGGCCCUGCAGGUGAACGUCAACUUUGUCACGAACCUGUCCGCCUGCAAUCCGCUGUACGGGCGCGUUGCCUGGUCGGAGCUGUGGCAGCUCGUCAAGACACUGAUCGUGAAGCCCUACUGCAUGUAUGGCGUGGUCAUGCUGGCCAUGUUCUUUCGCAAGUGGCGCAAGAGCAAUGUGCCGACGACGGCCAGCCAGGAGCAGCGCGAGCGUGCGCGCAACUACGUGCUGGAGGAUUUCCUCGAGGAGCAUCACGUCUCGAUGACGGACAUGUCCAACAAGCAGACGGAGCAGCAGCUGCAGCAGUGCUUCAAAAUGCUCGAGAGCUGCGAUCACGACUACGAGCGGUACAAGCGGCGCAAGGCCAAGCUGCAGCAGCAGCAGCCGCCCGCACGCGAUGAUUUCAUGCAGAACAUCAAGCGGCUGAAGGCGCAAAUCCAUCGCAACAGCGACAAGCAGCGCAAGGAGCGGCAGCAGCAUCACGGCAGCCAGCAGGCAGCAGCCACAAACGAAACCAAAGAGCAGGCAGAGCAGGAGCUGGACCAAGAGGCAGGCCCAGCCACAGCCACAGCAGAGGCGCAAGAAGCGGCUGCUGUCCAUGCAGACGUUGAUGAUGAUGAAACUCAGCAGCCGUCCAACGCAGAGGAGGCCAUGCCAGCGCCCGGCAAUGGGAAUGGGAAUGGCAAUGGCAAUGGGAAUGGGAGCCAAGCCACGCCAAAGGCAAAAUGCUCGUCACGCCGCAGCAGCAGCAGCAGCAGCGGCGGCGGCGUUGUGCCGACAGCCAAUACGCAAAUAUUCAAUAUGCAUUACAUGUACAGCUUCCUGCAGAUGCUCGUCUUCACAGUACUCGGCCUGGCCGUGCGCAAACUGUUCUUCCUCAGCUUCACGCAGGGCUGUGUGAUAGCGCCAACCAUCUGCUCCAAGGUGUGGUACCACCGGCAGCGCAAUAUCUUCUGGUCCGUCUCGCUGGCCGUCUUCCUGCUGAGCAUGUUCGAUCCGGGCAUGGUGAACAUACGCGAGGAAUACUUUCCCGCCAAGUACGAGCACAAUGCGGACGAUCUGGAGAGCAUGCUCGAGUGGAUUAAACUGAAUACGGAGCACGAUGCCGUGUUUGCCGGCCCCGUGGAGAUCAUUGGCACCGUCCACCUGACAACCAGGCGGCCAAUUGUGAAUCAUGCCCAUCUGGAGAUGCGACAAAUGGCCGAGCGCACGGAGCACGCCUAUUCGGUGUACAGCAGGCAGCAGUCGUCGGAUAUCUACAAACAAUGCGCCGAGCUGAAGAUCCAGUACUUGAUCAUCUCACUGGAUGAGUGCACAAAUGAAGUGCGCGACGAUUGCGAUCUGCUGUCCAUUUGGGAUGACAAGCAGCCGGCGAAUCGCAAAUAUCCGCAAUUCUGUCACGAGUUGCUGCACAAGCAGGUGCCAAGCUUCCUCAAAGUGUACACGAACGAUAACUACGGCAUCAUCAAGAUGUUCUCGCAGAGUGUACAGAUUAUAUUGAAGCAUGCCAAGAUGCCGGAGAUGGCCAUGUGAGAUAGGUCGAGCUUCGGCUGGCAGGACUGGACACUGGGCUGGAUCGGCCACGAGGGGGAGCAACGACUGUGUUUUACAUAGAUUUUGUGACUAGCAAUUAGCAUUUAGUUAUUCUAUCAAAUUAAUUGUAUUACAUUUACGUUAAGUAUUCCCCCACCACCCCCCACCCCCUCUGUUGACACCAAAAAGAAGCAACUAGAACCUGUUCCCUGCCCAUUAGCCAAUGACUGGAUUGCAUUUAAGCAGCAGCUUCUUCGACUCUGUUCAGACUCUUGUUCUUGUUCGGUUACCCCCCUCUACCCCUUUGUGCAUAAGUUACUCUAGACUCUAUGGAUCGACUCUAAAAUUUAAAAAAUACUUUCGUUAAGUUUAAGUUUAAGCUAAGCUUUUUACAUUGCAAUUGUACGACAAAAGCGCGAAGACGAAAGACGCGUCAGGCAUGUAGCAUAUGGAUGGAUGGACGGAUGGAUGGAUUGAUGGAUGUAUGAAUGGUUGGUAGGAAGUAGUAGUUGUAGCAGCAGCAGCAGCCCAGCCGUGCGACGAACUUAAACCCCAAAGCAGGCAGCAACAAAAAAA